UACCGGUAGCGUUAGAGACUCUCAGGAUUGAGGUUAGAUACGCGACAGAGCAUAUCUCUUAAAAUUUACGUGCAUUUAGCAUCUUUUCGCAAUUUGGCACAUCUAGUUAGUAAUAUUUAUAAAAUUAUAUAUUUUUCUAUGCCAGCAUUAAGCAUUUGACAUUGAUUAUUUCCAAAUAAAAAAAUUCCAACAAAAAUUUAUAUUACCAUUGAGUGAAGGAGAGGUCCAAAACGUGUGCAAUAACGGGGAAAUAAAAUACAAAACAAUGCUGUUAUAUUUUUUAAUUAUUUGUGCGACAGAAUUUUUAAUUGUGAAUUAUGGUAGCUAUGCUGCGGGCAUAAUAAACACAGCAACAACAAAAAAUGACGCUGAUAUAGCCACAGGAGCGGUGAAGUCACACAGAACCUACGAAACAACAAAUUAUGGUACACCAACAACAAUAUUAACGGCAGAAACAGCGAUAGAAAAUGUUUUAAGCAUAAUAAAAGGGCAAAAGCUGUCAACCGCAGGAACUUCGGCGCGCAAAGUAGCCAAAGCAACCCUCUCCAAUCAAACCCAUGGCACCUUUGCACCAAAACAAGCUGCUGAAACCGCGCUAAGCUCAUUGACCCGCGAAGCCCGUACUUUGCGCCGGUUAUUUCCACUUUUACGUAAUGCCACGGAUGCACUGGGUAUCUUCGGCGACAAUGGGUUACUGCCUCUGCUCUUAACCAAUUUACUAUCUAGCGAUAAUGUUGGUGUAAUUGCGGCGGGUUUACUAAGUGCUCUACGCGAUAGGGUGACAACAACAGCAGCAACUACAGCUGCUGCAACAGGAACAACGCCAGUAAAUAAUACAACCAAUAAUUUUUAUAGCACUCCAAAUUAUCCUUAUUAUUAUGGCGGACAAAACUAUUACGCGCCUUAUGGUUACUAUUAUGGCUAAUUCGGUUUUAUUUUGAUUGUUUCAAUAAAACUUUUGAGCACAAACAUUCUUUAUCGAAUUCAUUCAUUUGUUGUCGUCUUGGCAACAUUAAAAAUAUUAUGUCUUUGGAUCACCUGCAGAAAAUAUC